AUGCCUAGAGAGGAAGAGGCCAGGUAGGAUUUCUUGAUGCGCGUCCAGAUAUCAAACCCCGCUGAUUUACAAUCAACCUCUAGUCUUUGGCCUACUAGCAACCUACUGCUUCUAGAAGGUCGCAAACAUUAUCGGAGCAGCGUCUCGCCAAUGUAAGUCUCGCCACAUAUCCGCCUACUACCUUACUACCUUAUUACUUCAUCUUGUCUGUCUAAAUACCUAUAUCUAUCUCGACUCCUUGGUCGCGCAAGCUAAACUAAGCCUUCCUCCCAUUUCUAGUCACUGGCAGCUUCGAUCAUUACUUAGUGCGGAACGACAGCAUAUCCUCUACUUUCCCGCCGGUGUUAACAAUACACACAUCCAACGACUUGAUACAUCGACUCGUGAAUGUGAGACGAUCAAAGUAAUUAGCUUCCAUCCACGAUGUCUCAUUGCCAGCAAGGGCUGGAUCUGCUGCGGUGGCGAGAGCGGAGAACUAGUUGUUAUCAGAGAGUCAGGAAGCAGUGAUGUCCAAGCCGACAACAUUAGCAGGGACUAUAGGUCGAGACUGAACUCGAUGGAGAACUCCAACAUGGCCGAAGGUCCCAUGCUCCAGCUCCAACGGGAUAUGCUUACAGUCGUUGAACGGAUUAACGGUUCGAACAAGACUUGGACGGCUUCAAGUUACAAGGUCGGUACCGAACGCGUCAAUUGCAUCACCAUGUGGCACCCGCCUAAGGGAAAUGGUGCACCAGCGCCAGGACAGUAUGACUCUCCAGUAGCGGUCGUGGCCAACAAUGACAAGUCCAUCACUAUUAUAGGGCUCUACGAACCUGAUCUGCACAAGGAUGUUUUAGAGUAUCCUGACUGCGUCAACCGCGGCGUCCUGUCUCCCGAUGGAUCACUUCUAGUUGCCAUUUGUGACGACCCGUACCUCUACAUCCACGUACGGCAGUCGUUUACCAAGCAUUACCACGGAGUCUCGCGACAGUCCUAUAAGUGGAAGGACCUGCCAAGAAUACGCCUUAAGGGCGAAUGGGAGAAAGACACUUCCGAGUGUAGGGGUAGUUUUGCGGCAUGCUUCUCCUCAUCCGGAAAGUAUUUGGCUGUAGGCACUCAGUAUGGCACUAUCUCCAUUUUUGAUGCUGUCGCUCUCAAGGACCCUCAUUCUGAGCCCUUAAUGACAUACUUUAAUUCUGAUCGAGCCCCCGAAGAAUGUGGUGCUGUGAGGGAUAUGGCCUUUUCACCAGGUCCCCUCGAUCUCCUGGCAUGGUCGGAACAUCGAGGACGGAUUGGUGUGGCGGAUGCACGCACUAAUUUUAAGCGCCGACAGAUCAUCCCCUUGCAAAAUCAUGAAGAUUUCACCCAUCACUCUCUUAACGAUAGUAGCCACACGAUCGAACCACGCCUACUUGUCUCGCGUGAGCCAAGCGGACACGGCACCGGGGGUUACAUUCCUGGAGGAUCUGGAUCACUACUCGAGCGCUGGGGUCGAGCAAUGUCCGAUCGACCACUACCGAACCCGGAACCUUCGACUACGGCGAGAGUCAACCAACCCUUCACUCCGGAUGAGGUUGCAGUCCUAGAGGCAUUCCAGAGCGACCGUCGGCGACGCGAAAACCGAGAUCGGGAGCGGGAGCGGGAGCGGGAGCGAAAUGAGAUUGACCAAAGGCUUGGAGAGCAUAGGAGUCAACGAGCCGCCGAGAGAAGUUCAGCAUUGAGGCCAUUGGGUUGGACAGACCGGAGCGAGGCGAUAACCCGCAUUAUUGAACGAGAGCGUAUGCGCGACCAGCACCGUUCUGGCGCUAGCCAAACACCACCUGAACCGGACCUCGGGAGAGUUGCUGCUGCUGCUGGGCGCGAACGACGACGAAGCGCAUCCAUCAUGCAUUCGCUGGCCCAGAACGUAGACAACAUCUCUCAAUAUGCGGCCAAUCGAACGCAAGCUCCGGAUAACGAUGCAAACAACGAUAGCUCGGCGACGUCGCGCGAACGAGCUUCUUCUCCGUGGUUUCCUGGACGGCUCAGUUCCGCCUGGCCCGAUUCGGAGAACAUAGCCAUGGCCUAUCUAAACGAUCGUGGCACUCAGGACAACACCCGAGCCGAGUCCAACAGAACCCGCCGAGGAAUACCUGUAAUUGCCGACGUAUGGUCCAACGAUUCCCUCUUCACUAGGAUUAGAACAGGCAGUCGCGAGCAUCAGCAGAAUCCGGAUGAUACCGCGGGUUUGGCAUGGAGCGAGGACGGGCGAACAUUGUAUGCGGCGGCCGAGGACGGCAUAUAUGAACUCCAUGUCGAUAUGCUGGGUAGAAGACAAUUCCCCGAUCUUCAGCUUCGCUAGUUCACAUUCGUCUGUAGCCUACGAUUAGUGGCUUUCGAUCAGAACUCAUUGGCUCUUGACGGCGUUUGAGGAGUUUUUUAUACUCACAUAAGGUGCAUUAAGGGGUUGGCGGCAAGGGCGUUUUUAUUUUGUUUGAUUGCGUCUAUUACAUUUCCCCGGGCAGGGACUCGACGAUUUAUUACGCUUUCCGAGGCUUGUCUCUGAUUCUUGUUUUGCAAGGACCGGUGAUACUCCCAUUUCCAAGGGGCGGGAGUUGAUUUUAUCCCUUCGACACGUCUGCAGUUCUCCACAAUAAAAGUCAUUUCGCCAUUGGAGCUUCGAAGGGCUCCGCGCUGAGAGGUGAGAGGUAGUGUAGGAAACAGGCAGAGAAACAGACCCAAGAGAGCAACAUUGGAAUCAGAUGGCCUAAAUGCCAUCGACACGUCGGAAUUUUCUUUUACUGUUUUGCUGGCCGUGCAUUGACUGAUACCGAAUCGAUUCCCAUGUACAUAUCCUACAUUCGACCAAUAAUAAGUGCAGUGAACUUCUUUCAUUCAU